CUAUCUUCACCGAUGUGCUGUUGUAACCUCAUCUCUCCCUGCGCUGUCCUGACUAUGGCGCUUCCCCAUUUCUCCCCUCUGGCUUUGCCCUCCGCCACCGCCACUGCCACCCUUCAGCACUUCCGAGAGCCUUUUCUUGACGCUAAUCCUGUUUGCCUUGCACCCACUUUCGGAAGGGUCGUCAAAUCGUCGCCGCCUCAGGUGAGGUCUGAGCUGAGAGCUUCAGCAUUCUUGAGAGGGAGUGGGGAGGGACUCCUUGACCAGCGACGGGUGGGAGUUGGUGCCAGGAGGAUGGAUGGUAGUGCUCUUGAAGUUCACUCUGCUGCGAACUAUCUGAAGGAUGCUGCGAGGCAAACGGUAGACUACUUUGUGAAGAGUGGAAUGUCUGUCGGUCUUGGAACAGGACACGCUUCUGGCAUGGCCAUUGCCUACAUCGGCGAAAGGCUUAGAGAUGGCACCCUCAGAGACAUUAUUUGUGUACCGAUGUCAAGUGCAAGCGCUGCAGCCGCAGCCCAGGCAGGUGUACCGUUGACGACAUUUGAGGACCAACCACAGUUGGAUGUUGCAUUCGAUGACGCAGACAUGGUGCAAGAAGGUACUCUCUUUGCAGUUAUCGGGCGUAAGGGAGUCGAAGGCCGCCAGUCAAUCUUAAAGGAGAAAGCUAUAAUGCAAGCAGCGAAGCAGUUAGUUUUCAUCAUUGACGAGAAACAAUUCGUGGGCAAGUUGGAGGGUGCAGUGCCUGUCCUUAUUCAACAGGAAGACUGGUUAGAUGUGGCAGAAGAAAUCGAUGACAUGUUUCUGGGCGAUGCAGAGGUCUGGAGACGGCCAAGCUUUGGAGAAGCAGGACCAUUGGGUGGUGAUAAUCCGCUAAUCACACCUGAAGGGCACUUUUUGCUGGACGUGAUCUUCACGACUCCUAUUACUACUGCAGCUGACGUGGUAGAGAACUUGGAGACUGUACCAGGAGUCAUGGGACAUGGUCUUGUGAUGGAUGUAGCGUAUGCUGCAGCUGUGGCAAGUCCUACAGGGAUGAAACUCAGAACAUCUUUAUUCAAAACUGCGUUCACUGCAAUGGAGUGAAUACUUGAAGGAUGAAGUAGAGUAUACACGGUGCAACGCUUAGUACUACCUCGAGAAGUAUAGCUCAAAUUGAUCGACGUUAUGCAAACAGUAUGCAUCGUUUUGAGAAAAAAGUUAUGCAAAUUCUUCAUCUUUAAUCAACAGUGAUCAACGGUCACAUUUCUUAAACACCGCCGUAGUGAUAAAGUAGAAAAGGAGCUGGAUCUGUAAAGCUUACUCUUAUUGGCACCCAUCCUGAAUUGAGGAAAUCAUUUUACACCUUACCAAGCA